UAAAACGUGUAGACAUCGAAGGAGACGGAGGAGAGAAUGCAUUUUCGAUUUUGAUUGGUUCGUCGAGGGUUUAAUAACGAACUGGUUCCUGGGUGGAUACGUUAAGUAUCGUUCGCACCAGUUUGGGAAGGAGCAUUUUAUCGCUGAGUUUGGGGGUGGUGAGCGAUGGCUGAGUUGACUCAGGCCGAGGUGGUGUACUCGCCGCGGUCCGUGCAAGUGUGGAGAACGUUGUUGAACUGGUUAGCUUUUUUCUUCCAGAUCUUCGUGCAGAUCCUGAGAGCCGUGGGUCACCAUCCUCUGCUCUCUUCUUCUUCGUCGUCGUCUCCUUCUUCUUCUGAUGGGUUCAAGCCCUUGCCCAUGGUGGAGUUGUCGGAGGCGGAGUCUCCGGCUACCCUUGAUAUCACCGAUGGAAGAUGCUCUGACGUCGGCGACGAAGACCGCAUCGAGAAACUCACGGUAGUUCUUGAUUUGGAUGAAACCCUAGUAUGUGCUUAUGAGACAUCUAGUCUGCCUGCUACUCUCCGAAAUCAAGCUACCGAAGCUGGACUUAAGUGGUUCGAGUUAGAAUGUGUAUCCUCAGACAAGGAAUUUGAGGGAAAACCUAAGAUCAAUUAUGUUACGGUGUUUGAGCGCCCAGGACUCCAAGAAUUUUUACAACAGCUUAGUGAAUUUGCAGAUCUUGUACUGUUUACAGCUGGUCUUGAAGGGUAUGCUAGACCUCUUGUUGACAGAAUAGAUGCUGAGAACCGGUUUAUUCUUCGACUUUACCGGCCUUCAACGAUAAGCACGGAGUAUCGUGAGCAUGUGAAGGAUAUUUCCUGCUUGUCGAAGAAUCUGGGUCGAACAGUUAUUGUUGAUAACAAUCCCUUCAGUUUCUUACUGCAGCCAUUAAAUGGAAUUCCGUGCGUUCCAUUUUCUGCUGGGCAGCCACAUGACACCCAGCUUCUGGACGUCCUGCUUCCGCUCCUUAAGCAUCUUUCUCAGCAGAACGACGUGAGACCUGUGUUGUAUGAAAGAUUCCGCAUGCCCGAAUGGUUUCAGAAGCAGGGAAUACCUGCUUCUAGCUGGACAUCAUAGGAUGAUGAAGAUCAUUCUGUCAAGGUUGGUGUUUUCUGUACAAUCCCCAACAAUUCUUUUCUUAUUCGAAGGCAGCAUUGUGUUGUGGUGGAACUGGCAGCUCUUGGUACAGCAUCUGAUUAUGUGCUGAUGGCGGCAACGGAAGCCAUUUGAGAGCUGAAAGUUUUUACAGGGAAGAAGCAUCUAGCUCUCGAAGCUGUCAGCGAAAUAGAUAUACCGCUAGUUUAUGUAGAUUUUGUUUGAAGCUAGUGAUUCUUGUGAAACUCUGUUCAUAUGGAUGCAAGCCUUGUCAGAUUUUACUCUCUUAUUUGUUAUCAGAAUUUUGUAAAAUUUGUUAAUGAUCAAUAAUUAUUUGUAGUUCAGACA